AUGCAAAGCCCUCAGCCUUCGCAAAACCCGGCACCGGGACAGCCAUUGAACAUUCAAAUGAUUGUCUCGGCCAUUGUCAAUGCUCCCGAGCUCCGCGCAGCAGCUCGAGCCUUGUUGAAUGUAACUCAAUACAUUGCAGACUAUCUUGCGGUGGCCUGCGGAUGUCUCUCCGGAAACACCGGCAAAGCUUUAUGGAUAGGAUCUCAUGUGAGCUGUUUUCUCGGUUUCUUCCUCUAUGUACUGACCCAGGCUUCGUGGUGCUAUAUGCUCUCUGUGCUCGGCGCCGUGUUCACGUUCGCCGUCUCUGUGUGCCAACAAUUCGAGGUUUUGGCAUGCGAAGCUUCACAAAAUAAGGAGAAAAUACCCAUUGCUCAGUUGGUGAACCUGGAGAGCACUAUGCUUCUCGGCGCUGCCUUGCUCCACUUGACCACACCCCAGAACGGACUCAAGCUCGUAUCGUUUGCUGUAUUCUCAUGGAUCCACUUGGCGAGUUAUGUUCUCAAUGAUGUUUUGCCCAUUAAUUCGUUCACGUCGUCUUUGUUCCCGGUCUUUGGUUGCAUUGAGCCGGUACUCUUGAGUGUGGCCUGCUAUGUAGACUACUUUGUUGUGGCUGUCUACUAUUUCCAGGUCAUUUGGAGGCAAGUGUCAUUGGUCUAUGCGCUCAUUUUUACAUACCUUAGUGUGCGGCGGAUGGAGCAUUCCGAGUUGUCACGCAUAAGCUUGUACAACUUGGUCCGCUUCUUCCAUAAACUCUCGCAGAAACCAAACGUUCCGGCACCAAUCAGUCGAUUUGCAGAUGCUGUGAAACUGUUUGUGGAGGCCAUGAUACCUAUUGGCGCCACCGGAAAUGGAUACCAUGGGCCCCCUGGUAACGAGGCUGCCUCGUCCAAGACCAGAGCUACCUCAAUCUUCUUCGAUAGGGUCUCCAUUAUCGACGAUCUUGAGUGA